GGGCAAACGCGCACGCACGGCCGGCCCCGCCCGCCCGGGCGCACGGCGGCUCCCGGGGCCGGCCACCGCGGGCACGGCGGCCAUGGCGGGAGGGGAGCCAGGCGAACCCAACCCCGAGGAGUUCGUGUACGGCGAGGAGGACUUCGUGCUGCAGGCAGCCGGCUGGGGCGACCCGGACUCCGCGCCCUCCCGAUUCGACCGGGUGCUGCUGGCGGGCUGGAACGACCGUAUGGAGCGGGGACUGUUCCGGUACCGGCUGGGACCGCUGCCCACCCGCGUCCUGCCCGGCGCCGUGCGCCUCGUGGCGCAGCUGAACGCGCAGCGCAGCGCGGAGCGCCGCCCGCCGCAGCCCGUCCGCAGCCUCCGCGACCCCUUCGACCCCGGCGCCUUCAACUUCACCCGGCUGCGCCCCGCCGAGCUGCUGUUCCGCCUGCGCCGCACCGGCGGCCCGGGGCCGGCGCCGGAGCCGCUGCUGGUGGCCAUCAACGCCAGCCCGCUGGAGCGGGGACAUGUGCUGCUGCUGCCCGAGCCGGCGCGGCGGCUGCCGCAGCUGCUGACGGCCCCGGCGCUGCGCGGGGCGCUGGAGGCGGCGCUGCUCAGCGCCCACCCCGGCUUCCGCGUGGGCUUCAACGGGCUGGGCGGCGGCGCCUCGGUGAACCACCUGCACCUGCACGGGCUCUACCUGGACCGCCCGCUGCCGCUGGAGGAGGCGCCGGCCGAGCCGCUGGGGCCGCGCCUGGCGCUGCUCCGCGCCGGGCCGGCCCCCGCCUUCCUCUUCUUCGCCGCCGGCCCCGCGGCCCUGGAGCCGGUGUCGCGGGCCGUGUGCCGGGCGGCGGAGCACCUGGGCGCUGCCGGGCUGGCCUGCAACGUGCUGGCCGCGCGGGGCGCCCCGCCGGCGGGGCCCGGGGCCGGCCGCGGGCUGCGGGUGCUGCUGUGGGCGCGCCGGCCCCUCUUCGGCCCCAAGGCGGGUGAGCCCUUCGCCGUGGCCUUGUGCGAGCUGGCAGGGCUGCUGCCGCUGCCCGCCGAGCCGCUCUACCGGGACAUCACCGAGGCGCAGGCCCUGAGCGCCAUCCGCCAGCACCUGCUGCCCGAGCCCGAGCUGCUGCACCUGGGCGGGGAGCUGGCGCGGCUGCUGGAGCGCUGAACCGGUGGCACGGACAGCGGCCGGAGGCUCAGCCGGUGGCACGGACAGCGGCCGGGGCGCUGCAGAGCUGACGGCCCCGAGACCGGCAGAGGGCGCUGCGGGGGAGGACACGGAAGUGGCUGUCACGUGACCGCGAGGGGCCGCUCUGCCCGCAUGCCCGCGACUCCAUGGUGCGGUCGCCAUGGGAACGCGGCGGAGCCGGGAGCGGUGCGAUGGCGGCGGCGGGCGGCGCCGACGGGGGGAGCAUGGGCCCGGGCCCGUCGCCGGGAACCCCUCCGGGCGAGGAGGCGGCCAUCGCCGCGGCCCCCCCGGACCGUCCCGCUGCCCCCGCCGGACCCGAGCCGCGGAGGAAGCGCAGGCGAGUGCGGGGCCGCGGCCCCCGGCAGGGUCCGGCCGGAGCCCGUCCAGCCGCUCCCGGCGGCGCCGCCGCUGCCUCACUCGCGCUCGGUCCCGGCCCCAGCCCAGCCGUGCCCCGGCCCCGCGGCUCCCCGCGGCACAGUGCCCCGGCGGUGCCCGGCGCUCCCCAGCCCCCGGGAGCCGGUCCGGGGUCCCGCUGGCCCAAAAUAAAUGGUGUUCCCUGGAACUGCCCAAAGAUCCCCUGUGU